AUGUGUACACACGGAAAAGUUUCAGAUUACGCCAGGAUUCAAUAUCCGUGUGUUGUGCAUCGGGAACACGGUAAGAGUGUCGAACGUUUGCUUGAAGCAUCAAGUGAAGUAUGGAAAGCUCGACAUUGCUGGAUGUUCUUUAGUGCUGAGCAUGAUUUAGAGAUACGAUCUCAUUUUAAAUCCAGCGUGAUUGAGAUGUAA